AAAUAGUGGGCACAAAUGUGCCAUAUCGAACAAGUGAAAGGACAGUUGAUUUAUUUCAGGCAUGUGUCCCGCUAAUUUUUCUUGAGGUCAUUUUAUAACUUUGCAUGUAGUUGUAGUCGCAAACAGUCAAUCCGACAAGUUCAGAGCUAACGCACGCCUCGGGACGCAUCUCUCAGGAGGACACCCGAGGGAUAAUUUGUACUCUUUUUGGUGUGUGGUUGUUCUGUUCCAAGUUCGAUUACCAGCCAUGCGGGGAAAUACGGGCAGAAAGCCGAGCAUGACCUUUUGGUCGCGACACGAACCCGUCAACAUGCCGCGUGGAAACACCGACCACUGGAGUAAGAUGCGCAUCAAGGCCACAGCAAUCUCCGACAACGCCUUCAACGCCCCGUCAUACGGUCCGGUCCUCACCGACUCCGCUGUUGAAGCCUUCUACCAAGACGCUCAGCGUGGAUUGGAACGCAACCAAAUUAACGACAUCAUAAAGACCAAGUCGUCCGUCGGAGACUUCAGCAAGAAGUUCGUCAGUGGGAUGAAUGGCCGUGUCCCCGGUAACUAUCACCUGAGCCGCCCGAAGGUCGGGUCGGCGAGGGGUUCUUACAGGAACAUUUACAGUGACAGGGCCAAGGAAGGUUUCGUCUAUUGGUACAGGGAUCGACCAAAGCCAACUCAGUUUGGUCGCUACGGAAUUGGAUCGUACAAAACCGUCCUUGGAAUCGGAAACGCUCCCAGGACGUAAAAAACUACAUCCUCACAUCAUGUGACACUCACCUGGUGCUCAUCAUAACCCAUCUUCUGCCAAGAUUGUUUCUUCCGACCGGAUUUGAGAUUUCUGAACAUGUCUUCAUGAAUCAGCUUUGGAAGGAAUUAACAUCUCGGAUUCAAUCAACUUGUGCAUUUUUGCGCUGAGAAGUGCAGACGACAUGACGUCCGAGCCCAAAGACGUCGGUUGCUGCUGACUAAUCAGAUGUCUGCACAAGACUUCUUACCUGCCCUUCCAGUAACUUGCAUCGUGUUCAUUUUCAAAGUUUCACCAUUCGAUUCUUUGAGCUCAUCGGCCAAAUAUCUGUGAUAAAACGGACAUCAUGUGACGUAAAGUCCACUUGAUUGUCAAGCCAAUUAGUGGCAGUGUUUUAGUUAUAACUUGCUUGCGUUUUUUGCUGUUAGGUUUAUUAAUAAACAUUUUGCUGGCUUAGCUUGAGAUUUGCCCCAUGAAUCAAGGUUGAAGGAGAGAAGAGAGGGGAGAGAAUGUAAGAGGCAGUGGACAAACGACAACGUGUGCGAUGUUUCUUUGGAGUGUUUGAGAUUGAUUGUAUGGAGUGUUUGGUAUCCGAGUGAGAGCGACAUGUCACUUAGUACGGGUGUGAGACCCUUCCCAGGGAUGCAUUCGUUAAAUCUUUGAGUGGUUAGAAUAGUGGAACUGUGUAUAGUGUCUGACAUGAAUGAAUUUAUAGCAUUUUCAAUCUUGAAAAUCAUCUCAUGUGCUCAUGGAAUUGUUGGCUGUGCUGAUCCUAGCUUGCGAGUCGCACUUGUACCAUUGUCGAUGGCUGAGAUUUAUGGCUCAGGUUUGAUUUGGAAUGACAGAUGUGCACUUUGAGGCUUGACCUUAGCUUUUGCUCUGAGCGUGUGAUUGUAAUCUUCUGCAUGGUCUGGCAGUUACUAUGAAUGACUGAUGUGACAAUUCAGAGAUAUGAGGUGACAGUUCGUGAAUAGUUGUGGCACACACCAUUUGACAAAAGGCCCAUUCGCCAGAGGUGAAAGAUUGUGACACUGUCCUCACAUAACGUACAGUGAUGAAUGACUGCAUGUCCUCAACGAGCUGUCCCAGUAAGUGCGAUUGUGACAUAUAUCUUUUUGACGUUACUGUUCCAUUUUCUUGUGCGACAAAAAGUCUUUGACUGACAAUUUUUUCUAACAAAUAAGCUUACUGUGAUAUGACUUUGUCUGUGGUGGUGCUUGUUGGUUGAAGAAAGAUAAGCCUAGAAUGUGCAUUUUGAAGUGAUUGAAUAAUGCGUCGUUGCAAGACUGGAUUGCACUUACCAUCUUGGUACAUUUUGGCAGAAAGCCCAACUUUAUGUUGACUGAAGGAAUCCAUGGCGGUUGGGUAGAAGAGGAGACCAGACAGGAGGAUGUAUGCACAGUGUCACAUCUUAGAUUCAUGGGGCAAUCGAGGCUGCAGUAACUUCACAUCGCCAUUAGCAGUAUUAGGUCAACCUUUUUCCCACCAUUUUAAUCAAGUCAAUGAACUGGGUAUAGUUCAAACUUGAAUAUGAGAAGAGGUUUUAAAUAGCUUUUUACUCUACUUUAGUUGUGAACACUUGAAGUGGGCUUACUUCACACUGCACCAUACUGGGACUUACACAAGCUAUCUAAGAUUAUGUCGGAUUGCCAUCAUUUUGGGAUCAUCGAAGACUAUAAUAAACCUUUUCAGUGUUGAUCUGAUAAGCUUGGAGAGGAAGACGUCCACAGUUCACACUGCGAUUCUGGUGUUCCUUUUGUAAAUAGUGUUAUUUGAUGAAAUGUACUGUAAUAAUAUACUUCUGUAUUUGUAAUUUAUAUUUGCGUUUGGAAUAAAGUACGAGAUAAACACCA